AUGGGCAGUCUUGUGAAGCUCCCGAAGAGGCUGGCUGCCAUCCCCAAUGGAGCUGAGGAAGCCCGGCCAAACCUAAUCCUACUCGUGGUUUGCUCCGCUAUGUUCCUUGACCUCUCGAAUCUGUCAGCUGUGACAAUCGCCCUACCUACCAUUGGCGAGCAGCUGCAUACCGACCAGGCAAAGCUACAGUGGGUCAUAUCGGCUUAUGCGCUGACGUUUGGGAGUUUUCUCAUCCUUGGAGGGCGGGGUGGUGACAUCUUUGGCCACCGUCGUGUCCUCCUUUUUGGCUCUUACGUCUUCUCGCUCUUUACGCUUGUUUCUGCUCUCGCACCCACUUUCACGGCCCUGGUCAUCGCCCGCGCUUUCCAGGGAAUCGGCGCUGGGUUCACCAUUCCUUCCGCGCAAGCUCAUGUCGCCAUAUACUUUCCCUCACCCGUGGAGCGGGCAAAAGCUCUCGGAUUCUGGGCUGCAGCUGGCAGCGUGGGAUUCAUUGUUGGCCUUACCUUGGGCGGUGUGCUGACGGCCCUUAUCAGCUGGCGCUGGAUAUUCUGGAUUUCGCUUAUUCUCUCUGCUAUUGUUGUGCCAACGGCCCAUGUCUUCCUUCCUCGAGCUAAGACGGCUCGCUCAGCCGCUGCUCGGGAGAUUACAAAUGAAGAACGAGAAGAGAAGAAGUUUUUCCGGUCCAUAAAGGCACAUCUGAUCCGUUUUGACGUACUUGGGAUCUGCCUGGGAGUCCCCAGCCUGCUUCUAUUGACUUAUGCGCUUACCUCAGCCAAUACGGCAGGCUGGGGCUCACCGUCUAUCAUCUCCACCUUGGCGAUUUCGAGCCUGUUACUUCUCCUGUUUGCGUUGCACGAAUCUCGAGCACCCCAGGCUUUGAUCAACCCACGCCUUUUUCGUCUAAGUUUCACGCUCACCCUCAUCCUAGCUGUGGCAACAUAUGCCGUCCGUCAGGCAUGCUCAUACUUCCUUACUCUCCAGAUCCAAUCAUAUGGAUCGUCGCCGCUACACACAUCUCUCCUAUUCCUACCGGUUGGUAUAUCUGCUUUGGUCACCAACACAAUUGCAGGCCGUUUGGUCCACUUGCUCGGUGCCCGAGCCAUGUUCGUCAUUGGCUGGACACUUUGCAUUCCCGGUGUGGUACUGUUCAGCUUUAUCACCCCUCAGACGUCAUACUGGCACUUCACUUUCCCGGGUAUGAUAUUAUACAUUGCCGGCCUGGGUGUGGUGUACAUUACUGCAAAUUUUGUUGUAAUAUCCAGUGCAAGCAAGAGUGACCAGGGUGUGGUAGCUGGUGUAUUCAAUGUUGCUCUCCAGGUCGGAGGAAGUGUACUGGGUCUCGCGGUGCUCACAGCCGUUGCUGAUGGUAUUAACAAAAAGUACGGUGACAGCAAGGCAGGAGUUCUCAGCCUGGUCGGCUAUCAGAGUGUGUACUACUCAUGCACCAUACUGUGCGCAGUAGCUUUGGUGCUGAGCUUGGUCAUUGAGGUUCCAGAUGCAAUGAAGGGGAGCAUAUGGAAUAAGCCGGAACAAGAGCCGACGACGCAGCAGGUAAGCACAAUGGAUGGGAUGAAGCCACAACAGCAGGCUGAGACCGCUAUUGAGAUGAAGUAA